AUGGAUUUAACGAAUAAAGAGUUAUUGAUGAAACGCUUAGCUGAUGCUAGUCAAAUAAAGAUAUACCCGCCUAUGCCUUCUAGAUAUGAAGUACCAUUAAGAAAAAUACUGCUGACUACUAGAUUAUGGAAUAAUGUACGUAGGCAACAGCAAAUUCUAUUAGAAUUACCUCCAGAUGCUUGGCUAGCUGAAGGAUUGGAUGAUUUCAUUAGUCAUCAAGGAUCGUUAAACCAUACUGAGGAUGCUACGGAAAUAAAGUGUACACAUACAACAAUCGAUGCUACCGAAACUGCCGAGGAUAAAUCUCUUGAUAAUCAUGUUACGACUACUACUACUACUACUACUACAGUUGAUAGUAAUAGUGAUAAUAAUAGCAGCCUUGAUAGUAACAUACUUUCAUCUUGCGACUGGUCAUGGUUUAACCAAGUUGACAAGGACACAUUAUCCACUACAAGUGAAACUCUACUUUUGGAUACAAUAAGCGCUUCAUCUAAUAGUUCCAAUACGUCCAAUACAUUACAGCAAGAACAAGAUGAUACCCAAUUAUUAUUAAAUUGUAUAAAGUCCAAUAACCUAUUGUCUCAUGAACCUGAAGUAAAGCGAUCAAGGGAUGGAGAAGAAGACAUGGAAGAAAACCAAGUGAAAAAAUUAAAGAAAAUGGACCAAGAUCAAUUUUUACUACACUUUACACUUCCUGAUGCUCCGGGUUCACCGGCUGGUCCGGCUCCAACGUCUUCUGCUUCGAGUACUGCUGUGUUACUGAGUGCAUAA